CAGAGCGGAGCCUGUCGGCUUCUGGGCCGGGAGGGUCCAUCCGGACCGCGUGGGUCACAGCCACAGGCCUGCCCUCCGGCCGCCAGGGAAGUGGCUCGCUGCUGCCAUGUCACCCCGCAGGCAGGUCCUCUCCCACCUGCACUCGGCGUAGACCUCCCAGGAGAGACAGCUAAAGCGCCUGCCUCAUUCCAUGAACACAGGUGACACGUGAGAGCUGGCCCUGACCCUUGUUGCACUGAUGCCGAGGGCAGGGCCAGCAGCACCCAGCGCUCGGAUUGGCGAGGCCCCGGGUGUCGCUCCGGAUUGGCGAGGCCCGCAGUCGGGGGAGGGCCCCAUCACUCGGAUUAGUGAGGCCUGGGGUGUAGCAGUCGGGGGAGGGCCCCAGCGCUCGGAUUGGCAAGGCCCGGGGUGUUGCAGUCGGGGGAGGGCCGAGGCCAGGAAGCGCCUGAGUGCAAAGUCCCAAACAACAGGCCGGGCCCGGGGCGGGGCCAGCAGGCCGAGGCUCUUCCCUGCCCGGCGCAGGCUCCCAGGAGGGCUGAGGGCAGAGGCUGCCUGCAGGUGUCAGACCACAGCUCUGUGCUGAGAGCCCGCAGUCUGUGGGAACAGCACUGACUCCGGACACCAAUGGCCUUGAGCAGAAAGGAGCUGAAAUGUGAUGGGACAGAGCGCAUACUGAACUAUGUGAAGGGAAUCCUUCAACCCACGUCCACCUGCGACGGCUGGGACCAGAUCUGGGACUUCCGGGCCAGGCCCGACGACCUGCUCAUCUGCACCUACCCUAAAGCAGGGACCACGUGGACUCAGGAGAUAGUGGACUUAAUACAAAAUGAUGGUGAUGUUGACCGAACUCAACGAGCACCUACUCACGUGCGGUUUCCUUUCAUCGAAUGGAUAAUCCCGUCCAUGGGAUCGGGCUUGGAACAAGCAAGCGCGAUGCCCUCACCACGGACCCUGAAAACACACCUUCCCUUCCAACUGCUGCCUCCGUCUUUCCUGGAGAAAAACUGUCAGAUAAUCUAUGUGGCGAGAAACCCCAAGGACAACCUGGUGUCUUACUACCAUUUCCACAGAAUGAAUAAAGCGCUUCCGGACCCCGGGACCUGGGAAGAGUAUUUUGAGAGCUUUCUGACUGGGAAAGUGUGCUGGGGCUCAUGGCACGACCACGUGAAAGGAUGGUGGGAAGCCAGAGACCAACACCGCAUCCUCUACCUCUUCUACGAGGACCUGAAGAUGAACCCAAAGCAUGAAAUCCGGAAGCUGGGAGAAUUUAUUGGGAAAAAGCUGGAUGACAGCGUCCUGGAUAAAAUUGUCCAUCACACUUCGUUUGAUGUUAUGAAGCAAAAUCCCAUGGCGAACUACUCGACAGUCCCCGCCGAGAUCAUGGACCACUCGGUGUCUCCGUUCAUGAGGAAAGGGGCAGUCGGAGACUGGAAGAAUCACUUCACCGUGGCUCAGAACGAGAGGUUUGACGAAGACUACCAGCGGAGAAUGGCUGGGACAAGUCUAGCUUUCCAAUUCCAGUUCUAGAGAGAGAAAGUGUUCAGUUUAUUACCCAACUCACUGGGCAACAACCCAUAGCAGCUUCAUUCCCAGACCACACAGCAUUGGGCCCAGGUUCUCAGACCAGUUGUUCGUCAUGUUUGCUUUUGUUCACUCGACAAAGAAAAGAUCAGAGUCAGCAGCGAGGGGGAAGGUGGGGAGUGGGAACUGGGGAGAAGGUUCAAUAAACUACUAGUUACAAACAUGA